AUGACCAUUAAAGGUAUUGAUCUGGGACGUAAUACUCCAUUGUUAGAUUCAAUGCUGCGCCAGCGCCUCACAUCAUGUCGAUCAUUUGGAUGCCGAAUGUAUUCUACCAAGCCGGCGGUUUCGACCAAUGCUACAACUGCUCAUGAUGUCUCGAACAAACAAAGGUUAUUCUUUACAGAUCCAAUUUCACCUGGUUCUGUAUUCUUCCUACCCAACGGUACCAAAAUAUUCAAUAAACUGGUUCAGUUUAUGAAAUUACAGCAGGAGCAUAAAUACGGGUUUAAAGAAGUAGUGACACCGUUGGUUUACAGAAAAUCACUAUGGGAACAAUCAGGACACUGGGAUAAUUACAAAGAUGAUAUGUUUCGUGUAGAGGGAAAUGACAGUUCCAAGGAAGAAUAUGGAUUGAAGCCUAUGAACUGCCCGGGGCAUUGCUUAAUUUUCAAGAAGUUUGAUAGAUCAUACAGUGAAUUGCCAGUUAGGUUGUCUGACUUUUCAGCAUUACACAGGAAUGAAGCAUCCGGUGCUCUUUCAGGUCUCACAAGAGUUCGUAAGUUUCAUCAGGAUGAUGGACACAUAUUUUGUACCCCUGAACAAGUGGAAGAAGAGCUUGCUAAAUGCUUAAAGCUUGUAGAUAUGUGUUAUACCAAGAUAUUCCCACUGGGGAAAGAUUCGCAGUUUGAAAGCUAUGUGAUGGAAUUAUCGACAAGGCCUGAGAGUUAUAUCGGUGAGCUAGCUAUGUGGAAUCACGCUGAAGAUGUGUUGAAGGGAGUAUUGGAACGAACUGGAAAACAAUGGGAGCUCAACGACGGAGAUGGUGCCUUUUAUGGUCCUAAAAUUGACAUCAAAGUGUCAGAUCAAACAGGGAAAUAUCAUCAGGUGGCAACCAUUCAAUUAGAUUUCCAGCUUCCAGAGCGUUUCGAUCUGAGAUACAAAGAUAAAGAUAAUACUUAUAAGAGACCGAUAAUGAUUCACAGGGCAGUUUUUGGAUCGUUGGAGAGAUUUAUGGCAAUGCUAAUAGAUUCAUGCGAGGGCAAAUGGCCUUUUUGGUUGAGUCCGCGUCAAGCAAUGGUGAUUCCCGUGAACACAAGGAAAGAUGAUCAAAUGAAAGCAUCGAAAGAAUUGGUGUCAUAUCUGCGUCACGAAGCAGACGCAGAAAAUGAUACGCCUGUGCCAUUGAAUAGCUUUCAUUUCAACGUUGAUAUCGAUGAUAGGGCCGAGCCGGUCGGUUAUAGAAUCAAAGAUGCGUUGAUGAAGGAUUAUUCAUAUCUGAUCAUAAUAGGUGACAAAGAGGUAGAAACUUCGAAGUUUGCUAUAAGAACGAGGCAGGAUAGAAAGUUGGAGCAUCUCACCAGCGAGGAAAUCUUUGCAAAAUUCAGUGAUUUGGAGAGACACUAUAGGUAG